AUGCUCACCUCGAUCCGGCGGUCGGUCGAGGCACGGCCCACAACGAAGCCAGUCAUUCGGCGGCAGGCCACUCACAUCUACACCUCUCGAGCCGACGCCCGCGCCAGGAUCGCCAAGGAGUCGCCGACGCUGCAGCACACCGAGACGUGGUUCGAGACGCUGGUCUCCGGCCGCGAGUAUCUUCCGACUCGGAUGUGGUGGGUGGUCCAGCUAGUCACGACCUCCGUCACGCUCGCCGACAUCUACUUCUCCAACAGCCCUCCGUCGCUCUUUGGAGGCGCAGCGGCGGCGGCGGCGGACGGCAAAAAUCAAACCUCCUGGUGGCGCAUUCCUGCCCACGCGCACGACACGCUGCUCGGCCUGCUGUCGCUGCUGCUCGCCUUCCGUACGUCGCAGGCGUACGACCGUUGGUGGGAGGCGCGCAAGCUCUGGGGACAGAUCGUCAACUCGACGCGCAACGUCGCCUCGAAUGCCGCCGUCUUCAUGACCGAUCUCGAGCGGAAGCGGCGCGUCAUCAAGGCGACGAUCUGCUUUGCGUGGUGCACAAAGGCGUCGCUGCGUGGCGUGCGGCCAACCUCGGACGAGAUCGCCGAGCUCGCCUCGGAAGAGAUGCUCACGGCGAUGGUGACUCCGUACGUGGUGCCGCUCGGGAGGAGGCCGACGUUGCACCUCGAGCCGAGCGAGUACGAGCAGGCGCUCCUCGAGCAGGGCGAGCCGUACGACCACCUCCCGAUGAUGAUGGCGGGCGUGCGGGACGAGCUAGACGAGACGGUGGGUGCAAAGGGCUCCGCCGCCGAGGUGCACGAGGGGUGGAAGAUUGUGAUUGGCAACGACAUCAAGUCGCUCGUCGACGCGCUCGGCGGUUGCGAGCGCAUCCAGAAGACGCCGAUGCCGUUUGGCUACCUGGCGCAGCAGCGCAUCUUUAUGCUCAUCUGGCUUUGCAGGUGGGCGAGCAUCGCCGUCUGCGCCGUCGUCUCGUUCAUCAUGCUCAAGGCGCGCGGCGCAGAGUUCCAUAUGCCGCUGCACGACCUGCCGCUCGAGGCCAUCUGCAUCACCAUCGAGAAGAACCUGCUCGAGAUCCUCCGCCGCGCGGAGUCGCGAGAGCUGCGGCCGGUGCCUCUCUCCGGGCUGCCCCCUUCGGAGAGACAUCACCGCGACCGGGCAGAUGGGCGCAGCUCCACCCUCUCGGCCAGCCUCUCCGAGGAGGUGGAGAGAUAG